GUUUGAGAUGGUAUUGCAACAAAUUAAAGAUUUUGCCAUAGAUGUUACACAACUUCAAGGAUAUAAAAAACUUUUUAAAGCAAACUUAGUUUCAGAAAAAUUCAUACAAUUAACAAAUGACUUUAAUAGAGUGAUGAAAGAUUUAAAUUUUACAUUGGCCAUAUCGAGUGAUGUGCAAAGGAUAAAUAAUCAGAAAAAUCUGAAAAAAGAACUUGAUAAAAUGAAAAAGUUCUUUUUUGAAUUUGAAGAGCGAAAUAGUAAACAAUUAAAUAUGUUAUAUGAAGAGUUGUUAAUUAUAAAGAAACAAAUGUCAAAUAAAGCUAAUGACAGUACGUCAAUAAUAAAUGAAAUUCAAACACAGCCAAUUGCACCAAAUGAGUUAAAAGAUCCUUUUUCAGGACAGAAAGAUGACAUUAGAGAUGUAAUUAUUAAAAAAGUGUUUGGAGAAUAUGAAAAAGAAUUAUCAGAAUUGAAAGUAAAAUACGUUAAGGCUGGCUAUUCUUAUGGUCUCCUUCCAGACAAAAGCAUAGACUUAGACAGAAUGAAUAGCGUUUGUGCUAAAACAAUGAUGCCAGACAUUGAAUUCAAAGAAUUAGAAUUUGAUAAUAAUGCAUUUGAGAUGAUCAUGUCUCUUAAAGAAGGAAUUGAGCUUCAUUAUAAAGGAGAUGAAAAAAGUUAUUAUUUAUCCAAAAGCUAUGUUAUUGAUGAAAACCUCAAAGAAGCUAAGAAACUUUUUAAGGAAGCUGCUGAUUAUGGUAUUGCAGAUGCUCAAUUAAAUUAUGCAUUUACCUUAAUUAAGGAUAUAAAGAAUCUGAAAAAACAAAAGGAAUUUUUAAAAUAUUUGAAAUUAUCAGCUGAUCAAAGAAAUGAGGAAGCAGAGUAUCAUUUAGGUAAAUUAUAUUUAAAGGGAAGUAUUGUAGAAGCUGAUCGAGAAAUUGGAUUAAGUUAUUUAUGGCUGGCAGCUUUGAAUGAUCAUGUAAAAGCUUGA